CUUAGUUGGCCCUGUUUGUUGAUGUGUCAUGGAAGCGGUUGAUAUAUCGAUGUGUCGAUAGGUGCGAUCGAUAGAGACAACGAAAAAAGAGUGUAUUUUGGUUGGAUCUGAUGAUCACGGCGGCAAAACAACCUGUUUCACAAUGAACACGGAGUUUACACAACGGAAAACCACCGUACUCUGGUAACACGAAACGAACGAGGUUUAAGGGGAUUCCAACAGUGAUGGAAAAAGUCCUCGACUGGUGUGUCAGUCCUGUGACAAUGCUAAUAGCAGCCAUAGUGAAUGUACAUGGAGAAAUAAAACUUGUGACAAAACAAGUAAAUACUGUUACACAAUGUGGAAAAAUAACUCUUCAAGGAGAGGAUGGACACAGAAGGCAGGCUGCUGGCAACAAAAUAUCAGUUGGGAAGAGCCAUUUUGUUUGGGACAAAAAUCUGCCUAUGCGAAAAAUCUUUUCUUUUGCUGUUGUAAUAAAAAUCUCUGUAAUGGGAAUUUCAGUAUGCGCCCAACCCCUGUGACAACGACGUCAACAGUCACAUCUGAACCAAUAACUAGUGAAAGCAGCAUUCGAAAUACAAGCAAUCCUUCUCAACCUAACAGAGGUGGCACAAUGUACUAUUUAGUGGUUCCAUUUUUUGUAAUAGUAGUUAUUCUGGUAAUUGGGUUUUUUAUGUAUCGCCGCCAUAAAACAACAUUUCCGACCCGUAUCCUGGAUGAAGAACCACUCAACCCAACCCCUCCACCGUCCCCAGAGCUGGGCUUCAGACCCAUCCAGCGUGUGGAAGUCAUUUCCCAGGGACAGUUUGGCACAGUAUGGAAAGCAGAUUAUCUAGAAGAUGUAGUUGCUGUAAAAGUUUUCCCAAUGGCUCACAAGACUGCUUGGGUCUGUGAAAAGGAUAUUUACACAACUUGCAACAUGAAACAUGAAAAUAUUCUUAAAUUUGUUGGGGUAGAGAAGCACAACAAUGGCCCUAGUGCUGAGCUGUGGUUGAUAACAGAGUAUCAUGAGCAUGGAUCACUUGGCGACUAUCUUAAAAGCCAUGUAAUAACCUGGACAGAGCUGUGCUCUAUGGCAGGCAGUAUGGCUAAUGGCCUUGCAUAUCUGCAUACAGAAGUACUAGAAAAUUAUUUCAAACCCUGCAUAGCGCACAGAGAUUUCAAAAGUAAAAAUGUGCUGGUCACAAAGGAGCUAACCUGCUGUUUGUCUGAUUUUGGACUGGCAAUGAAGUUUGACUCAGGUGGGGACCCUGGGGAGACACAUGGCCAGGUUGGAACAAGGCGUUACAUGGCACCUGAAGUGCUAGAAGGAGCAAUCAGCUUCACAAUGGAGUCAUUUUUGUACAUUGAUAUGUAUGCAUUUGCUCUUGUUCUUUGGGAAUUGGUGUCCAGAUGUACUGCUGCUGAUGGUCCUGUCGAUGAAUACAAGUUACCAUUUGAAGAGGAAAUAGGGUCACAUCCUUCCCUCGAAGACAUGCAGCAAGUUGUAGUGCAGCAAAAAAUCAGACCUAAAUUCCGACCAGACUGGUUUGUUCACUCGAGCAUGGCUAGCCUUCUUCAAACAAUUGAAGAAUGUUGGGAUCAAGAUGCGGAAGCCAGGUUAACAGCUCAGUGUGUCGCAGAAAGAUUAUCUCAAUUCAACCCAAAUUCAAGCCUUGAUUUGGCGCAUUCCCCUAUAGUAACAACAGUAGUAAAUAACACCAACAUUACUGCGUCAUCAAAGGAGUCAUCAAUAUAAACAAGAGCAAAUUAUUUCAAUAUGAAGCAUCUGCAGGAAGCAGUGAGUCUGCUAGGUGAGUAUCAGGAAUACUUACACUUGCAGACGAGUCAGGAAACUCGGAGUUUUAAACACUGUGGAUCAGAGUUUGACUACAGGGCAGCAAAUUGAUGCAAUACAGUAAAAAGACAAGUAUCCAGCAAAAGAUCUGCGCCAUUCAGCCAGCAGAUAGGUACUGAGUGCUGUCCACUGUUUGAGCAAUGUCUCUUAGAAAGCAUAUGUUGUAACUAUUAAGACAUUUUAGUAAUCUGAGGUAUACACGCUUAUUGAUCUUUUAAGUAAACAUUUUGGUGGUACUGUUACUGUUUAAUUCAAACAAGAAACACAGCAUUAACACUAAAACUAUCUUUAACUAGAAACUUUUGGCAAUUUUAAAAGGUGAACAAGGUUAAUGGAAUUUCUUUUUUAUUCAUCUUCUCCAUGAAGACAGGUUCCUAUUUUAAACACUGGUGUACCAUACUGUUCAGCUGUUAUUUACUAGCCAUAUGUAGAUACAUUUAUUUUAUUUACCAAAGGUGUUAUAUUUAUCCAUCAUUGAUUGUGACGAUCUCACUGAUCUUUAUCCUAGUGAUGUGAAUUUGCUAUAAUAUCAAUAUUUAGGGAAGGGAAAACUUAAAUUUGUCAUUUUGCUAUCAGGAUUGUAUACUGGUAUGUUCAAGUUUUUUGACUGUACUAUUUAGACAGGGUUGUCAAAAUAUGCCAGCAACCGGCCCAUUUCACAUUCUUCUCUGAAAAAUAUGCCAACUAUUACAAAUGCUCUUGGCUGAAUUUUUAGCAUGGAAGUCUGACUUUGUGCUGCCUUCUUUGUAUCACAAACUGGUUACUCAAUUUUUUUGACAACCCUGUUUACAGGUGUGUAUAAGUUGCUGGGGGAUUAUACAGAUGCACCUCUCUGUACAGUCUCGGAUCAUUUCCCAUUUUUCCAAAAUCCCUAAAAGCAUUGCUUAUGAUUUUGAAGUAAUAAUUUUCAAAAUUGAUGCAGAGAAAUUUUUUGAUGUUGUUGAAGAGGAAGCUAUAAAGAAUAAAAGGAAACUCGGUUGUUUUGAUAAUCCCCCAAGUACUUAUAUUAAAACAGUUAUUCUCCUCAGGCUUGGCUAUUGUUGUCGAGAAGCCUCUGUGGUCUUGUCUGAGGGAUUAUUCGUCUCUCCUGGGGCAGAGAAUUGGCUAAUGGCCAUCAUUGAUUAUUUGUGAUCCAUCUGUAGUGUGUGACCAAUUAAGUGAAAGUUAACAUGUGGUUAAGUAUUAAUCUGCAUAAUUUUAUUGUCUUUAAGCAGAUUGAGAAAGGGAUCAAUACCAUUUCAUUUCUUGAGAUCCAUGUAAAACCAUUUUUUCUUGCUUUCAGUAUUCUAAAGAGAAAAGUACAUUGAUAAAUGAUCCUAAUAACUCAGACAAAGAUAUAAUUGGACAAUUUUAAAAUUCUGUUAUUCUGAUUCUUUUAGUCACUUUGACAGUUUCUUAGACACUUAAAAGCAAUGAUAAAUUAUUACUGAAUUAUUGAUUAUUAACCAAGCAUUCAUCUUGCCUAAAAUAAUCCACAUGUCAAUCAGUGUAUCUCCAAUUCUUAAAAAAGGCUUUUUACAUUAUAUCUCUCAGAGGCUGAGCUAGACCUUGACCCAGUGGGGGGUGGGGGGGGCUGGCUCCCCAAGUCUCCCCCCUUGAUCCACCACUGUCUGUAUUCAAAACCAACUGUGCUUUCAUAAUGAUGAAUUCCUUCACUAGAGCAUUGAACAUUUUAUUUUUGAAGGGAGUGGGGUAGGGGGUGGAAUUAUCAUCAAAAAUAUUGUUUUCAUGGGAGAGAAAAACAAAGAAAAAAUUUUCUCACAAAACUGCCCAAAACAGGAACAUUUACUUAAACAUUUACCCCUCCAUGAAUAAAGUGGUUCACAUUUCUCAAUUUCUAAUUUAUUGUCCAUUGUCGAAGAAAAAAAUUGUGACUGUAUCUACAUCAUGGUAACAUUCUCGAGUUAUUUGUUACAGCAAGGCUGAAAAAAUUUAAAUUUAAAUGGGAAAGAAUAUGGUCUUUCCUAUUUCAGAGAUACGUACUCAAUACUAAUCAAAGUUGUACAGAAAAGACAACAACCUCUUGUUACUGUAAAUAGUUUUAAGUAUUUUUACUACGCAUUUAUCAUAUUGUUGUUAUAUUCUACAAAUCGAUAUCUUAAGAUACGCAUUUACCGCGGUCUGUAAAUAGAGUUCUACUGUAACAGCUCGGUAAGAGCUCCUGAAUUAACGAAGCUCGUAUCCAGGGUCCGCUCUUGCCUAAUACUAGAGAGGAACCUGGGCAUGACAAUGAAAGAAACCAUAUCAGUUUGAAAAUAAGAAAAGGUUUAACUAUUAAACUUGGAAACUUCUAUGUA